AUGCCUUCCAUCGAAUUCACCUCGAAUCCCAAUCGCCGCUAUACAAGCGUCCAGGAGAAUGGCGCGCCGUACCACAUACCGGCAACCGAGUAUUCGACAGCAUGGGCAUGUCAAUGGACUGAUCCCGAGUUUGGCGUCUUGAACGAACAAGACUUGGAGCUCAUGAAGCAUGUCAAUUGCUCGUACCUUUCCUCUGGCAGACCACCAACACUGCUAGCAUUGAAACAGCACGCACAGUCUCUUACAAAUCUCAUCAAGAAGAUUUGUGUCAGCACUACAUUUGGAAUCAUCGAUGGGAAGGGCGAUCGGCGUCCGGCUUUUAAGAAGAAUGAGGCCUUUGAUUGGCUAAAGAACCUCGACGAGCCGUAUACGAACAACGACGAAUUUCACCAUAUUCCACUAUGGGCGCUGGCGAAUCAUGUUAAAUCUGAGGACGAGGAGACCGGGAUUGAAUGCCACUGCCCUCUCACGGAGGCGCGCAGCUCGGAACUCACCGAGUCCGGCGAGACGACACUCCGCCCGUACUGUAGCCAUCACAACUUGGUCAUGCAUGCAAACAAAUGCCUCGAGAUUCUAGAUCACGAAUAUAGUGCGACAGGAGGCCUCUCUUCAUUGAUUCCAUCUGCAAAAGAGGAUGAUAGUGAGCAAAUGACUGCUGCAAAGAACACGAUACUGGGGCAGAUGCUCCUUCAUCAACAACACAUGGUUCAACGGAUGCACGAACUCGAGAUCCAGUGUGCAAGAGCUGUCGAUAUUCUGGAGGGAGAAGCUGUUGUGCCCAUGCAGAUGCUUCAACACUUAGGCCCAGAGGGACGGUUGAGAGGACGCGAGUUGACCUAUGUGCAGGAUCGAUUUAUUCUUGCCAACGCGGGGGAAGAUGUCUUUCAAUUUAUACACCGAGUACUGGAUACACAAGAAUCCAAGUUUCAAGCCCAGGACCAGAUUUCGUACAAUUCAGGAGUCAGCGGCGAGCGAAUGUGGUCGCAAACACCAAAGGGCAAAUGGUAUUCCCGUGGUUUCGUACCUGUCGAUUUGACGGCGCGGUUUGUUCGUCUCAAGGGUUCAGGAGGGCAGUCAACGAUCUUCAUCAUCCCGGUUAUCGACCAUCACCCCGGCACAGCACAAACUCGAAAGAUGGAGAGUCAGCCAACGGUAGUAUCUGUGGUGGCGCCAUCUUGGCCAGAACGAGCUUCAGAUCUUCUGAAGCGUGAGAACGAUUAUCUUCAGAGGGCGAAGAAGUUGGAAGAUGAAAACGAGACACUCGCACGAGAUAAGAUGGAGAUGCAGGCCAGCUUGAAGAUUGCUUUGGCGGAGCUGCGAAGGACAAGGCACGAAGUGAACUUCUUGAGGGAGCAUCUGACUGGGCAGUGA